AAGUCCCCGGUUACAUCGCCGGAAGUGGCGUUUAACAAAGAUGGCGGCGCACACAUGCUAUCAAAGAUGUGCCAAGUUAGUAUGUUUAUAUGUUGUAACUUUUUGACUCCUGGCUUUAUUUGGAUACAGAAUGGGGUUUGAAGUGAAAACGAAAAUAUUACACAAUGAAAACGUUUAAAUUGGUUUAUUUAUUAAUGUUAAAAAACAUCCCAGAGCCUCUAGCUAUCCAGCGCUAAGAGGUCAUCACCGGCUGCUGAUAACAUUCACACAACUGUGUGUAAUUACUGUGGAAACUUGUAAAGGAUGUGGAAUCAGAUUGGUGUGAAAAUGAUCCACGAUGGUUUUUAUUUUAUACGCGGUUUUUGUCGGCGAUGCGUUAAAGGGAAGUUUGAAUCGUGUGUUGGUCAAAGUCAGAGGUAUCACAGAAAAACUUCAGUCUUGUCCUGUGUGUCAAAUCCACCGUGGAGAAUCCUGUUCUUCGGGAGUGAUGACUUCGCAGUGGAGUCUCUGAAACGGCUGCAUGAAUCUCGAGGAGACAGAGCUGAUUCUGUGGUGGACUCACUUGAGGUUGUCACUUUGUCCAAUAAUGUUCCUGUACGGAAGUUCGCAGAGCAGCACGAGCUCCGGGUUCAUGAGUGGCCCAAGGUGGAGUCCAGAGGGCGGUUUGAUGUCGGAGUGGUGGUGUCAUUCGGCUGCCUGCUUCAGGAGAGCCUCAUCAACACGUUUCCAUAUGGGAUCCUCAACGUGCACCCGAGCCUCUUGCCUCGGUGGCGUGGGCCUGCACCUGUUUUUCACACAAUUCUGCACGGAGACAAACUCACUGGAGUCACCAUCAUGCAGAUUCGUCCGAGGAGGUUUGACGUUGGUCCGAUACUCAGUCAGGAGCUUUAUGAGGUCCCUGAAAAGAGCACCGCUGAUGAGCUCGGAGGCUCUCUGGCUACUCUGGGAGCCCAGCUGUUAAUAGACACAUUAAGAAACCUUCCGGAACGAAUAGCAAAUGGGACGGAGCAGGCCAGAGAGGGGGCAACGUUUGCUCCUAAAAUCAACUCUUCCUUGAGUUGGCUUGUGUGGGAAGAGCAGACGUGCGAUGAGAUCGAUCGCCUGUAUCGCACUAUAGGAUCUCGGAUCCAUUUGAGAACAAUCUGGAUGGGCCGUGCCAUCAAACUUCUUGACUUUGUUGGAAAAUGCAACGUGCCAUUCACAGAAAUUUCAAAUUUCGCUGCAGGCCCUGGGUCCAUCUGUUAUCAAAAGGAAUCAAACACAUUGUCAGUCUGCUGCAAGGAUGGCUGGGUUGGAUUCAAAACAGUAAUGUUCAAGAAAAGAUUAUCAGCAGCAGAUUUCUUCAACGGAUAUCUCCACCAGAGCGUCCUGAAGAAAUCACAGUCCCAGAAUAACUGUCAGUUUCAGAGCUACAGAGAGAAAACCGGACAGAAUUCGACGUCAUUACUCCGGAAUAAGACACGCCAUUAAAGCCUAUCUGUAAACACAUGUGAGAAACUCUGUAAUUUAUUAAUUAGAGUGCUUAAAUAAUUGUCUGUUUUAAGACAAUGAGUUGUAAGACAUGUUUGUGGCACUGUAUUAUUGUAAAAGUGUGUGUGUGUGUGUGAGAACUGAUGAAUGUGUUUGAGUGAAGCACUUGUUUUGAACUGAUUUGUGUGAUUGAAGCUCACACAGUUUGAGCAGCAGCAGCAUGCUGGCCCAAAGAUUUUUCUUACUCGCAUCUGACUUACGAAGCAAGUUCUAAUCAGAAAGAAAUAAAAUACAUUUCAUAGUACUGAAAUAUAAACCUGUAAGUUGUAGAAAUGUAAAUUCUAAGUAGCUUUUUCCCUUGUUGUUUAAGAUGAUCGGAUGAAAAUUACAAAAGAAAGGAAAAGGGGAGGAAAAAUAAAGUUUUACGAUAAUUAAAA